AUGAGGAAAUAUAACUACUCCGUCAAAGAGAUAGAACGUAUGCGAAACGACUAUGCAGAUUUAAAGAAAGAAGCAGAGAAACCAGCAGAAGAUAAAAUGGACAUGUUGACAUUUCUAAACAAAAACUAUCCAACAGCUGACGAUUUCCUUCUAUCUGACGUCAAGAAGAAGUAUAAAGAAACUUUCGGUAUCGUUAAAACAUUCGAUGUACUAAAAGAAGAAAUUGAAGCCACGAAAUUGUUUAGAGUCAUGAACCAUCGCAACAUAUACCAUGUAAAACGCUUGUAA